UGGAUACCUGGGAGGCCAUGGAAAAGCUGGUGGAUGCUGGGUUGGUCAAGGCUAUCGGCAUCUCCAACUUCAACAAAGACCAGAUUGAAGCCAUACUCAACAAGCCAGGACUCAAGUACAUGCCUGACAACCACCAGAUCAAGUGCCACCCCUACCUGACCCAGGAGAAGCUGAUCAACUGCUGCCACUCAAAGGGAAUCUCAGUGACUGCUUACAGCCCCCUGGGCUCCCCUGACAGACCCUGGGCUAAACCUGAAGACCCCUCACUGCUGGAAGAUCCGAACAUAAAAACCAUUGCUGAGAAGCACAAGAAGACAUCUGCUCAGGUCCUGAUUCGCUUCCAAAUCCAAAGGAACGUGAUCGUGAUCCCCAAAUCAAUCACACCUGAGCGCAUUGAGGAGAAUUUCCAGGUGUUUGACUUUGAACUCACUGAGGAGGAAAUGAAAACUAUAGCAGGAUUUAACAGGAACUGGAGAGCCUGUCCUAUGCAAUGGGGCACAAAGCACAAGGACUAUCCAUUCAACACUGAAUUCUGAAAUAAAAAAUGCAGAUUUUCCGCAGGUUUACAGUGGGUGCUGGAGUUUGCAUCUUCACCUUCUCAGCUGCUCGUGUUCAUGCUCUUUAGGGCGGUUUGCAAAAUUAGCGUGGCAUUUCUCAGAAGAAACAUUGACCUCUUUAGUUACCCAUAUUGUCUCGACAAAAACUUGUUACACACACUCCUAAGACUUACUUGUACCAAAUUUUACAUGCUCAUUGAUACAGAUUAGAGCCGUUUUGAGUUUUGUAUCUUGUAUAAUUGAGUAUUAGCAUCUUAUACUUCAGUUGUCAUUUUCUGUUCUGUCGGCCUGUGCUUUCCCAUCAACACUAGGUGUAGGGUAAAUUCCACUGAAUUAAUUAAUGGUCAUUGUGGUAUUUCAAGUAACUGAUGGUGUUGAAUGUAUCCCAUAGUCAGUACAGAUAAGCACUUUCUUCAGCAUAAGAUAAGCGCCUGUGAGUCACAAAUGUCACUUUAUCAUCAUGUGUAUCCGCCAUGUUACAAAAUAGUAAUUUUCACAUCCUGUGUGAGCCUUUUUGAUAAGCACGAAAUUAAAUUGCUGUGGGUGAAAAUAAAA